AUGGACCGUGCUACAUCAUCUCCAUUAUUCCCUAUCGCAUGCUUCUUUGUGAUCUGCAAGAUCAGCACUGUCUUGGGCUUCAGCGCCUACCCAACUUUGUCAACAGCACGAGCUCUGACAGCGGCACCACCAUCAUGGCAUGCUUCGGGUCUGCUCAAGGAUGGAAGAUGGAUAGCAUCACGCCCAUUCACGAGGAGAGAGCUUGCCUUGCGUUCGGCACGCGCAACCAGGAUGAGCCUCGACUCACUCGACGUUUCUUUGCUCCUCUCCGCCAUCGGCAGUGUCCCCUCACAGCUCUGGCAGUCUUACACGGAAGUGCUGUCCUCCAGCCCCUUGCAAACUGACGGCGUGUCAGCUGCUCUGCUCUACCUACUAGGAAAGUUGUCUGCUGGAAAGAUCGCCAACCAGAAGCAAGAGGUGGCAUGGCUUGCUCGCUGGAUGCUCGUCGGCCUCGUGGAUGGGCUAUGCACGCACUCCUGGUAUCACUACGUGGACGACCUCGCCAACACCUACACGCAGACACACCUGCAGCACACGGCCUUCAUGACCGUGGCGAGCUCUUCGGUGUACACGCCCCUCUACUGCCUAGGCUUCUUGGUGGUGCUGUCCCUGCUAGAGUUCAAGGGAGUGGAGGGCAGCAUUGCGCGCGUCAAGAAAGACUUUCCCGACCUGUACAAGAGCUGCUUGACCACAUGGGCUCCUCUCAACGCUAUCAUCUUCGGGCUCGUGCCGCUCGAGUUCAUCACAGUGACCGCCAUGGUCCUGCAUUACAUCUACCUGGUCGUGAUCGCACUAUGGGACUCCGGGUUCCUCUCUCUCUCUGACCUCUCGCUCCGAGGAGGAGCAAACCAGGGGUCCAGCACGGGGGUCGAGAGCCCUGUCUACUUAGGGAUGAAGGACUCGAGCCUGCUGCCCUCCAACGCUUUCUUGGCUACAGACGACCUGACCAAGCCUGAAGUCUUGGCUACGAACAUGAACGACCAGGAUGCAUCCAAAGUCUAA